UGUCGCAUUUCUGUCAGAAGAUACCCCAAAUGCUGCACUAGUUAGCUCAGUACCUGAAUGUAAGCAUGUGGCAUUUCUAAUUUUUUUAACCGUGGGUAACCUACUUCUUUAUGGUCGGUUAUUGUUUUAAAAGACUGACCCAGUAUGGUUUGAGGUGCAAGGCCAAAUUGCCAUAAACGGUUGGAAGACGGAUGGAUGGAUGGACGAAUAAGUAGCCCAAUUAUCGGUCGCACGACCGUAUUUGUAUUGCUAUACCAUUUUCAAAAUAGUAUGUUUUUGUACUAUCGGGUAUUGUUCACUUAGUCGGCAAGCAAAACGACGUUUGUGAUAUGACUUUUUUAUAUGGAUAUAUAAAAUGAACGGGGCAGAAUCAAUGCAGGCGUCGAUUCCAACCAAAGCAUUAAAAUGCGUUUCACUAUAUAUUUUGUGUGUGUGUGUGUGAGCGAAUGAGUGUGAUACCGCGCCGAGGAGAGAGGGAGAGGGGGAAUGUGUGGAUAGGAAAAAAAGUGGGUGUCGCUGUGCAUGACGGGCUCAGAGCUCCAUGAUUGUAAUUUAGGGAGGGAUUUAAACAUUACACUCCGUGUUUUCUUAAGCGAGCAGGGAGCCGCCGCAUGGGACCUGCUUGGACCUGCAGCCGUUUGAUCGCCCAGGGUUACUGAAGUUUAAGCCCGAGGCGUGAUAGUUACGAUGUAUCCAAACUCUUAACUUUAAAACCCCGGUGCUCGGACUAGAGCGGGACUGAUCGCAGCGUUACGGCGACCCAACAAGUCUGUUUAACUGGGAAAUGAUCACACAUGAACGGCGGUGGAAGGAACAUGGUUGAGAGGACCAGCAAAUUUUUGUUGAUCGUUGUCGGAUCCGUCUUUUUCAUGCUGAUCCUGUACCAGUACGUGGCUCCGGGGAUGAUGAACUUCGGCUCUCCCCACGGGUACCUUUUGGAGGACGACGCGGAUAUCUUUCCGACUCCGGAUCCACAUUACGUGAAGAAAUACUAUUUUCCUAUCAGGGACCUGGAGCGCACGGUGGAUUUCGAAAUAAAAGGGGACGACGUGAUCGUCUUUCUGCACAUCCAGAAGACUGGGGGGACCACUUUCGGCAGGCAUCUGGUGCAAAACGUGCGCCUGGAGCUGCCCUGCGAUUGCAGACCCGGGCAGAAAAAGUGCACAUGCUACCGGCCGAACAGGAAAGAGACCUGGCUGUUUUCGCGUUUCUCCACAGGCUGGAGCUGCGGCUUGCACGCAGACUGGACGGAGCUCACCAACUGCGUACCGGGGGUCCUAAAUAAGAAGGAGAAUAAGCUGAAAAAGCCCAGGUAUGACACGGGAUGGCUUUCCCGCUGACAUCGCCUUUCUCCAAUAUGCGGAGGCCUGUCACGUAUACGUUGUUUUAUUCCUCGGGGUCGCAUUAACGUAUAUAAAAGGUGUCUAAGAAAGUGAAACCUUUUGGGGAGUGUGUCGUACUGCGGUGCAUUUUUUUUCUUUUUGGGGACCGUUGUCUGCUUUUGUACUGUGCUUUCAGAGGCGUUUUGUCAGCGGUCGACCUUGUUUCUGCUGAUUCCACACAUCGCAUGAUACUGGUUUAUAAGUAGCCCGGAGAAAGAUAAACGUGCUUUUUACUGAUAUGAAAAUAACUUUUAUGGAUGGGAAGUCUAGCGAAGGAGGCCGUCUGGCAUAUUCGCUCCCAGAUGUCACUGAUGUCUACAUUGGCUUCAUUCAUGUCUCCCGUAGAAGUCACCUAACUUUAAAAAUGUGCAUAAAUGCUUCCAGUAUCCGUAAGUGUUUGCAUUGUUAUUAGUUGAUGUGGUCGGAUUUGUAUUCCAACUGAUGACGUUCAUGCUGAAGUUGGGUCUACUUAAGGCAUCUCCUUUAUCGCUUUGUGGAAACAAUGCAAGGCUUCAGAGACGAAAGCGAAAAGACGUUUGUGUUUAAUAACAAAGAAGGUUCAUAUGUCCGUUUUGCCGACGUAAAUGCUUAUGAUAGUCUGUGCAGAUGGCUGUAUGUUAUACUGAAAUAAUUUUCUGCAUCUGCAAACUAAGUCGAUAGCAUCGUUGUACGUGCGAUUUUUAAAUAUGAUAAGAUAUGCUUCGUCGUUGCCCAGGGGAGAUUGCUUUGCUUGCAGCAAAAGAGCAUAAAGUGCACGGAUACAUGUGCAUAUUUAAAUUAAACGAAGGGACUGUAAGGAACCGUGUCAUCUGUGCGGGUUGGAGUCGGCUGGCGUUGCAUUGAGACUUACGGGGUAAAGCCGUGAUCACUAGACACUGUAGAGGACAUCUAUGAACGAACAUGUGAACCUUGUGCACACCUUGGCUCGCGCACCUGCUUGGAUUUCUCAUGAAGUCGUUUAAGAAAUCCCGGAAUCACGUGGCUUAUGGCUUUGGGUGAACUGAAGAUCCAACAGUUUCACUGUUGAAACUCUAAAUGAUUAAUAGGCAGUGUUAACAUCCAGGACUUUGAUAUCAACGCUAUUGUAACUGUGCCGUUAUUUCCAGCAUGGAGAUGUACCGAUGUGGUUUUGAAGGCGGGAAUCAGUGUGCCUGUGAAUUCGGGUCGCAUCUCGGCACCUAAAGCAAGCGCUUUAUCAGGGUCCAGCUCACGACCAUGAUAACUGAACCUAGCACAGGGUUUUCGACCUUUGCACACUCAACCUGUUUUAAUGAUCCCUAGUGCAGUUCGCCUGCAGUGUUCUGUACUGUGGCUUUGGGGGGGGUUACAGUCACCGGCAUUUACACUCUGUUUUCUGGUACACCUUGACGUGACAGCCCUUGUACUGCUCCGUGAAGGUUCUGGAAGGAGUCUCUCAUCCAGGAUAUGAGGAAGACCUCCAGCGAUACCAGCGUUCUCUGGGACUGCCUCAUCUCGUAGCUCACAGCACCGAACCGCUGGGAUGAGUCCUCCCGCAAAUCGACUCAUUAAGUAACUUAACAAAUUUGUCUUUUCCUUUUCGCCGCCCACAAAGACGUUUCCUUCAAUAAAACGGUGGCUUGAUUCACUGCCCGGUGUGAGUAAAGUAAAGUUAUUUGCUGGGAAUGUCCAGGCCCUGAUUGAUCUUCUUUUUUUGCCUUGAGGGUCUUGCUGUCAUUCGGUUUGCUUUCAUCUUAAGCCAUGAUUGUAGGAGCCAGCCGAGCACCAUUUGCGUCUCCGGUCUUUUCCGUGCCCACCCAACACCGCUGGUGAACUUUUGACCUUGUAUCUUGUUGCGUUCUUCAGUCUUACUGCCACAGAAUGUGAGAAUCUCUUUUCUUUGCAGUGGUGCUUAAGGCAUGGGUGGUACAUUUGAAUGCUGAUGGAUUGUGCAACUUGUGCUUGAUUAAGAAUUGCAUUCAUUUGAUUGAUUGCAUUUAAUGCAAGCGUGCGAGGAACACGGCCCCUGCCAGGAAUAUUACACGCCCUUCCAGCCUGGGCCUCUAAACAUGGAGUAAGUGACCCGUC